GGAGAUGACAGGCUUCACAUCCAAGGCCUUGAGCGUGGGGCAGUUCUGCAGGAGUGUCCUGCCUGCAACUCUUCAAGAAAGGAUCCUAGUUGCAGCAGCUCAAUUACGUGCACAGAGAGCGCUCAAAAGGCGCCGGUCCCUGCGAGUACACGCGCAAUGUUCAGUGGACUGCCAGGUAUCUGAAGACAGGAGGCGUUUCCUCUUGAAUUAUGUGCAGAAAGUUGAGCCUCAGAUCAUGGAACAGUUUGCAGAGCACGCACCUGCUCAGGUUGUGGAUGCCAUGAGGACAACCAUUUCAAACAUGGUUGGGGUGCUACCUCCACAUUUGUUCGACGUCACUGUGUCCACUGUGGGAGAGUCUUUGGCGCAGCUGAUGUUCAGUGUCAUCAUGACGGGCUAUCUCUUCAGGAAUGCACAGUACAGACUGGAUCUGCAGAGGAGCAUGGACGAUGCGGAUGGAACAAUACUCCCAUCUGUGUCUGAGAGUGCCUCCACACCAGGUGGUUCUCCCUUGUGGGAUGGAUUCGCAGAGGGCAGUCAGAAGACGAAGGUGCAGGGGGAAGUGUUGAGGUGGCACAAUGAGCAUGGAGCCACAUCCGUGCCGGCGGCUGAAUACAUAACAAUGCUAGAGAACGAGGUCGCAGCUCUACGAAAACAGGUAAUGAUGCGGCAAUAUCAGGGGACGACAACCAACGAGCUGUUGGACUACCUCAAGUGCCUGGACACCAAGGCGCUGGGGCAGCUGACAGCAUGUGCAGGAGAGGACAUCAUGGAGGCCAUGAAUGCCUUCAUACACCGCCUGCUGGGGUCCUCCGAUGACGAGGAGCUGCGCCGCAUCCCCAGCCAGAGCAAUGCAGUGGAGCUCGCUCGGCUGUUGUUCUGGCUCAUGUGUGUUGGAUAUGGGCUGCGGACACUGGAGGUUCGGUUUGACAUGGAGCAAAGCAUGAUGCUUGAAGAGAGGGACGCAGGUCUGGGCUAUCUGCCUCCUUAA